CCCAGCACCCAUAUAAAAGGUGGAGCAUGAUGUAGGCGUCAUACCUGUAUCUGGCACUGGGCAGGAGGACGGGCGCAGGUCCCAAGAGCUCCCUGGCCAGCUGGCUAGCUGUGUCAGUGAGAGACCCUGUCUUAGUAGCAGAGAGUGUGAUACAGAUAAGACACCUGCUGUUUCGCUCUGGUCUGCACAUGUGCACCACCGCACACAUGACGCACACGUUGUUCCUUUCUGUAAUAGUUCAUGAUCCUUUCCUUUGUCAGCAUGUGAGUUUAAAAGCAUCUUUAAAAGCUCUAAGAUGUCAGUGAUCUUUCCCUUGCAUGCUUUGUGCAGAAGUAGUUGGCAGGCUCCUUUCGAAUGAAGAGAGUGAAGAUAAGGUCCUUAUACACCACUGCUGUAACAUCUCGCUGUGGCAGUGUGUCCUGUGCUUUGCCAAGACCUUGUCAUCUUUGCCACCUGCCCUCUGGAGGCUGAUAGCACUCUCUGGUCAUCUCAGCCCCUGAAAGCUUCAUCUCCAGUGUGCAGAAACGUCUGUCAGGAAGGAGAUUUGCUACCUGCAUUAGAAGCCACAAGCCCAGAGAGACGGAGGAAUUGUUUGUAAGGGUAGCAAUGCUCAAGAUGUAUAACCUUGAGAGAGGAGUAGGAUUUCACCGCCGGGGAAACUGGAACCCAAACAGCAUUGUAAAAGAGGGCGUUACAUCGUAUGGACUUGGUGACGUAAUAGUUGUCUGACAUAGGUGAGAGCAGAGCCAAGGGUGUCAUUUCAUCACCUGUGUGCUCUCACCAGACUAAUUUUCGAAAGCAUUGCUCUCCUGGGCACCCUACUUAGUGUCACCUUGACUCUGUGCUCAGGGCAUUUUGUCUCCUUCCUUCAUCUAACUUUUCUCCUGUUCUUAAAAUUAACCAGGUAUGGCUGGCUGGCUGCACCUGUUCUUGUUAACCUGUUCAUUUCAUGCUUUUCUUAACAUCUCGGUUUAUGUAAAUCCAGCGCCAUUCAGCCUAAACCAUUCCUACUCAGGAGCUAACGGAACUGAUUGGAGGUUUCCCCCACAGUGUGCAGUACGGAACUCUACGUGGCUUUUCAUGCUUCUUACUCUGUUUUCCUGAGCAGUUUUUUAUUUUUAGGGGCCACAUGAGGUUAAGCUACAGGCCUCAUGGCAUUUUUAUGCCUCCAAAACAGACUUUUUUCUUUUGGUCAGCCAAUGUUGAAACAGCUUUAUGUGAAACUAUUUGACAGGGAUUUCAGUACAGAAAACCUAAAUUCUGAUCUGCAUUUAUAAAUCAAAAAUUCUUAAUAUUACACAAUUAUAGUGUUUUAUAUUUUAACUAAUCAAUGUUUUUAUUCACUUCUGUAACUGUGUUUACUCACUUUGGAGGUUAGACAUUAGUAUGUGUGUACUGUCUUCUUCCACCUACUGGAGUAUUCAAAGUAACUACUAAGUAUUUCAAGUUUGAUAUUUUUUCCUUAUCAAUUUGCGAUGAGCGUGUCCACAGCACUGCUCUGUCCUAUUGACCACAGAAGCCACUGUCCAGGGCUCUCUGCAGCCUUGCAGCUCUCUGCAGGGACUCUGGUAGCCUUGAGUCCCACUGUCCCUCUUCAAUAGGAAAUCUCGGUGUUAAACUGGAGGAGGUAGCCCUGUUUGAAUUAGAGUGAUAUUGGUGUCAGGGUUUCUCUUUUAAAGAGUAAGUACUGACAUAUUUUGGUCCCUUGUAAUUUUCAAACUUUUUCUUCUAGUUGUUCUCAUCAUCCUUUGUUCAAAUGAGCUCUUACCCAAGGAUAUCACUGUGUACCCUGGGAUGAGAGGGAGGAAACCAGAGCAUAGUGAGCGGCAGUCCCCAGCCCCAACCUAGACCCUCCUCCUCAUCCUCCCCACACAGCACAGCUCAAGAAUCCUCACAACUCUCAACUCGUCUCAUUUAAAAUGCUUUUUAGAAAACUUGUUCUGUGAUAUCUCAUCUAGGAACUCGGUUUAAAAGCAGGAACUACCGCUGGUGGUGAAGUGGCUUUUAGGUACAAAGGAAAACGCUCUGGGUUGCGGCUCUGGUUUCAGCAGUAAAAGGGUUAACACCCAGAGCCCCAGAGGCUGUGAUUCGACUCUGCUCUGGGAUAGUGUUCUCAGUCUCUGUCAUUUGUGGUUUAGAAAGGGGGUGGUGUUCUGCAUUUGAAAGGACUUUAAUGAAUGCUGUCAGUGUUUGUGAGAGCUAAGGGUCUGCACCGGGAAAGGGGAGCUGGGAAAGUGCUGUGGCUGCUUCAGGAUAGGUGGACCGGAGUUUGCCCUGAUUGAACGGAAUGUUCCACCGUGCUUCAUCUUUAUUCAUCAUCCUUUGUUCUUUACAGUCUGAUAUAUUGGGAUGAAAGUAAAUGUGGAUAUAUAUCCCAACGAUUUAUUUCCCUUUAAAGCUGUUUGUUGGCUACAGCGGGGAAUAGACUCCUCUUGUCUUGGUUGGAUGCACAGAUCUGUGCGCCUUGCUUUUUGCCCGUUGCCUAGACGAUCACUCGGUUUCUCUGAGGAUGUCUGGUUCUCGCAAAGAGUUUGAUGUGAAGCAGAUUUUGAAAAUCAGGUGGAGGUGGUUUGGCCAUCAGGCAUCAUCUAAUUCUUCAGUUGACAGCCAGCAGGGAGAAUUUUGGAGCCGAGGACAGACUGGAGCAAACGGUGGGAGAAAGUUUUUAGAUCCGUGUAACCUACAACUGCCUUUGGCUUCAAUUGGUUACCGGAGGUCCAGCCAACUGGAUUUUCAGAAUUCACCUUCUUGGCCAAUGGCAUCCACCUCCGAUGUCCCUGCAUUUGAGUUUACAGCAGAAGGCUGUGGCGGUGCACACUGGCUGGAUAGACCAGAAGUGGACGAUGGCACUAGUGAAGAGGAAAAUGAAUCUGAUUCCAGCUCGAGCAGGACUUCCAAUAGUAGUCAGACAUUGUCAUCCUGCCAGACUAUGGAGCCAUGUUCAUCGGAUGAAUUCUUUCAAGCCCUUAACCAUGCGGAGCAAACAUUUAAAAAAAUGGAAAACUACUUGAGGCACAAGCAACUGUGCGAUGUCAUUUUAGUCGCUGGCGAUCGCAGGAUUCCAGCUCACAGACUGGUGCUGUCUUCCGUCUCAGAUUAUUUCGCUGCUAUGUUUACUAACGAUGUCAGGGAGGCGAGGCAAGAAGAAAUAAAAAUGGAAGGCGUAGAACCGAACUCCUUGUGGUCCUUAAUUCAGUACGCAUACACAGGCCGACUUGAGCUGAAGGAAGAGAACAUCGAGUGUCUGCUGUCCACGGCAUGCCUUCUCCAGCUCUCCCAGGUGGUGGAAGCCUGCUGCAAGUUUCUGAUGAAACAGCUCCACCCGUCCAAUUGCCUUGGGAUUCGGUCUUUUGCCGAUGCCCAAGGCUGCACAGAUUUGCAUAAAGUGGCUCACAAUUACACUAUGGAACAUUUCAUGGAAGUGAUCAGAAACCAGGAAUUUGUAUUACUCCCAGCCAAUGAAAUUGCCAAGCUCUUGGCCAGUGACGACAUGAACAUUCCCAAUGAGGAGACCAUACUGAAUGCACUUCUCACCUGGGUCCGGCACGAUUUGGAGCAGAGACAGAAAGAUCUCAGCAAGCUUUUGGCUUACAUUAGGCUACCUCUCCUUGCACCACAGGUUCCAGGGUUGGCACUCAGCUCAUCAGACUUGCACAUCAAGGACUUUACUCAGCCAUCUCAUCAACCCUGAAAUGAUCUUUUGUAAAACAUUUUUUUGCUUAUGUGUGUGCAAACACACGUAUGUGCUAUGUAUGUUUGUAUGUAUGCACAUGUCUCUGCAGAUGCACAUGCAUGAAUGUGUGAAUGCAUACAGAGACCAGAGUCAACAUCAGUUGCCUUUCUCAACCACUUUCUACCUUUUUUGAGGAUCUCUUACUGAAUCAGGAGCUGGUCAUUAUGGCCAGUGAGCAUCCACCUGUCUCCAGUCCAACCAGUGCUGACGUCACAGAUGCAGGCCCUGGUCCCUCGCUUUUGUGGGGGAAGUAGAGUUUUGAAUUCAAGUUCAUACGUGUGUAGCAAGCAUUUUACCAGCUGAGCCAUUCCCCAAUCUCCCAAGUGAUCGAUCAUUUUGCAUGACUUUCCAAAGAAAUCGGAAAAUCAAAAAGGAAGUGUUUGUGGUUUACUCUUUGGUGGCGUUCUACUGGAAACUGACUCAAAUUCAAGAAGAAGAAGUGCUACAGCCACUGAUGCUUCGGGGAAGACACCCUACCCUUUAGAGCCGACCAGGUUUUAUGCACUGUGGCUAAGUCUCUUUCUAUGUGUUUGAGGGGACAGUUUUAGAGACACUCAUGAGAAGCAAAUGCAAGAGUCAAGAACCUACACAGCCAACAUGCCUGUCUCUUCAAAUGCUUUCAUGUUAAUAGUGUGCCACUGUUUAUGGCCGACAAGGCAUUUGGAAUUCCUAAAAAUGCAAGUGUAUUAGAAUCAAUAUUUUAUAGUUUAGCCAAUCAUGAUAAUUUCCUGAACAAUAGCAAACCUGCUACAAUAAUACUUGAUUAAUACUGUUCUUGAAUUAAUUGCUUUAUAAUUUUUCUAUUCUCACUUCUUUACUUAAAUAUAACAAACCUCACUUUUAAUAAACUACAGAACAUACCAAUAUGUUAAGAAAUA